UUGCGUCUCCAUGCCGUAUCUACAUAGUAGGGAUUCCUUCGUCGCCAUCAGCUGCGCAUCGCAGCACAAACCCUCUCUCACUGCCGCAGGCAAGCCGCAUCGAUCGCCCACCAGCUGCGCAAACCCCCUCACUGUCUGCUUCACCAUCAUCGUCAUCGCGCGGUCGCCGCCUCCAACUCCUCGCUCGGCUACUCCAAAGCACCUAGCCGCAUUCCUUGGUGAGCUAGAUCCCAGUCGGCCGGACCUGCUCGGAACCGGCCUCGCGAGGCACGUCGACAUUCCCUCAACGAUCUUAUCAUGAUGGUGCCGCCCUGGGGGUCGCCGAGGGCUCUGGUCACCCAGAGUCUCCUGGUGUUCUCUUCUUGGGCUGCAGUAGCCGGUGCUGCCAAUCCGGUCGCGGGGGACUACUUUGUUCACUCCCUGCCGGGGGCACCCAAGGACGAUAUAACGAAGAUGCAUGCUGGUCACAUCGAAGUCAAUCCUCAACACAACGGCAACCUCUUCUUCUGGCAUGUGCAGAACAAACACAUUGCAAAUCGCCAGCGGACCGUCAUCUGGCUCAAUGGUGGCCCUGGCUGCAGCUCCGAAGAUGGCGUCAUGAUGGAGAUCGGACCGUACCGUGUCAAGGACUCCAACACUCUCGAGUACAACAACGGUUCCUGGCACGAAUUUGCCAACUUGCUCUUUGUUGACAACCCUGUUGGCACUGGCUACAGCUACGUGGACACAGACAGCUUCGUGCACGAGCUCGAUGAGAUGGCCGAGCAAUUCAUAAUCUUCCUGGAGAAGUGGUUUGCCCUCUUCCCCGAGUACGAACACGACGACCUUUACAUCUCUGGAGAAUCUUAUGCCGGACAGCACAUCCCCUACAUUGCGAAGCACAUAUUGGCGCGAAACAAGAAACCUGCCACAAAGCAUGCCUGGAACCUCAGAGGUCUUCUCAUUGGCAAUGGGUGGAUAUCCCCAGUCGAUCAGUACGAAGCCUACUUGAAGUUUGUCUACGACAAAGGGCUCGUCGAGAAGGGCUCGGCAAUGGCUGGCCAGAUUGAGUCCUCGUACCGAAUCUGUCAAAAGCAGCUCGCCGCCCACGGCAAACCCGAAGUGGAUUCCACGGCCUGCGAGUCUGUCCUCCAGGAUAUCCUUCGCCUCACGCAGACCACCGAUGGCGAGGGCAGGUCGCAGUGCAUCAAUAUGUAUGAUGUUCGGCUCAAAGACACUUACCCUAGCUGCGGUAUGAACUGGCCUCCGGACUUGAAGGAUGUGACGCCUUACUUGCGUCGUCAAGACGUCGUCGAUGCGCUGCAUGUAAACAGCAACAAGGUCACCGGUUGGAAGGAAUGCAGCGGUGCCGUAGGAGCUGCCUUUAGCCCGCGAAACUCGGUGCCUUCAAGAGAGUUUUUACCCGAUCUACUCUCUGAAAUCAACGUUCUUUUGUUCUCGGGUGCUGAAGACCUUAUCUGCAACCACUAUGGCACAGAAUCGCUGAUCAGCAAUAUGGAGUGGAACGGCGGCAAAGGUUUCGAGAUCACGCCUGGAAAUUGGGCUCCACGUCGGGAAUGGACCUUCGAGGGAGAGGAAGCAGGCUUCUGGCAGCAAGCCCGCAAUCUCACCUACGUCUUAUUCAACAACGCCUCGCACAUGGUGCCCUUUGAUUACCCCCGCCGAAGCCGCGACAUGCUUGACCGCUUCAUGGGUGUUGACAUUAAAAGUAUCGGCGGCACGGCCUUCGAAAGCCUGCUUGAUGGGGAGAGACUCCCUGACACGACGGUCGAGGGCGCUGCGAACAGCACCAGUAACGACCAGCACACAAAGGAGAAGGAGGUCAACGAGGCCAAGUGGGCCGCAUACCAAAAGUCUGGCGAGGUCGUGCUGGCGCUGGUCGCCAUCGCAGCUGGUGUAUGGGGCUUCUACGUAUGGCGUGCACGCCGCAGAGCCGCGCUCGCCGGAUACAAGAAUAUCCCAGGCGGAAGUGCCGAAGGUGGUCUUGGUCGAGGAGCCAGUGGGCUGGACAACUUCCGCAACAAGAGGUCUGCCAAGGAUGUAGAAGCUGGUGACUUUGACGAGAGUGAGCUCGACGACUUGCAUGUGGGUCCAUCAGGCAAUAUGAACAGAGACCACUACAGCGUUGGCGAGGACAGCGACGAUGAAGACCCGCAAAACGAGAAGGGCAAGCAGAAGGCAUCAGGGCAGCGGGCUUAAGUUACGACCCACCUGAUUGGGCAUCCCAGCUAGCAAUCACGGGACCUUGCACUUCCUAGCCAUGAGAAUAAACUACAGGCAACACGUUCCUCUUCUACAAUAACCAAAGUAUUGG